AUGUGUUGUAGCUGUUGUAGUGUGCGCCAGCAAAAGAUCUGGGUCUUCACCCUGGGUGGCCUGAUCCUGGCCAUCGGGAUUUUUCUGGCCUCAGCUUGGCCAGCUGUAUCUCGGCAAUGGAUUCGUAGUCUCUUGCCCUUGGCCCCCAACUCCUUUAUCUACAAACGCUGGGUGACGACGCCAAUGCCGCUAUAUAGCACAAUUUACCUCUUCAACUGGACUAAUCCGGAGGAUUUGAACACCGAGGGCGUGAAGCCCAACUUUGAGCAGCUGGGGCCGUACACUUUCAGCGACUUCAAGGUUAAGGAAGACUUGGAGUGGAAUCAGCCCGAGGUGACUUAUUUUGGCAAGCGCACCUGGCACUUUCUCCCCGAAAAGUCAAACGGCUCGCUGGAGGAUGUGGUUGUGGCCCCACAUUUUCCUACUCUGACAGCUGCCUUCUAUUCACGCCGAUUACGCCGCAUCCUGCGCAAGGUCAUGAACUUUGCCCUCAAUCGCGAAGGCGGCGCCACCCACAUGACCCACACAGCUGGUCAGUGGCUCUUCGAUGGCUACUACGACUAUCUGCUGGAUUUCGUGGAGCAGCUGCACUCGCCCUUGCUGCCAGUUUACAGCAACACCUUUGGCUGGUUUUACGAGCGAAACAACUCGAAGACGGCCGAGGGAAACUUUACAGUCCACACUGGCCAUGGAGAUCUCGGCCAGAUGGGGGAUCUCCUGCUGUGGAACGGAGCGAACACGACCAGCUAUUAUCCCGGCGAAUGUGGCAGGGUCAAUGGCAGUACGGGCGAACUCUGGUCACCGGACAGGCAGUGGAACCAGCCCACCUCCAUUUUCCUAUCCGAUGCAGCGCGUUACUUGAACCUAUUCCCCAAGGAAAACCUGACCAUCGAUGGCAUAGACGUUUGGCGCUAUGAGUCCACCAAUCAUACCCUCGACAACGGCCAGUUGUCGCCGGACACUAAGUGUUUUUGCCUCGAGAAUCGCGAGUGUCCGCGCAACGGAGUCCUGGAUUAUGGACCGCCGGCCUUCAAUGGCCCGUUCUACAUGUCGCAUCCGCACUUUUACCUCACUGACGAACUGUACAGGGAAAACACCACGGGUCUGCGGCCAGAGGAAUCCGAACACGGAAUGUUUGUGAUAAUGGAACCUACUCUCGGCAUUCCAAUGAGUCUGAGGGGCCAGCUCAUGAUUAGCACGAGAGUGGUGCGCGAUGAGGCAAUUGACUUGUUCAAGGAUGUGGCCUAUGAUCACUAUGCACCUCUUUUUACCAUGAGAAUCCAUGCGGAAUUAGACGAAAGCCUCACAAGGUUACUAAAGCUUGCCUUAAAUGCUGCGAUUAUUGGAGUGUAUACGGGAAUCGGAUUACUUAUCCUAGGACUAUCGGUUAUCGCAAUGGGCCUAUUUCUCACAAAGAAUCACAAGUGGUACAAUGACCAAAAGCCCGAGGGCUGUCAUAAAGACGACGUGGUUGACAAACAAGUCAAAUGCACUUGA